AUGUCUCCAAAGAAGAUUAAAUUAAAUAAUUUUAACAUAAGAAGUAAUUAUUUAAAUGCUACUUCAAAUCAAUCAUCCAAAGAUCGCAGUAAAUUAUUUAACAAAAUUUUUGUCAAUUCCACCAAAAGGAAAUCUGAUGAUAGUCAUUUUUUAAAACCAGUAUCACCUAUAAAAGUUCCAAAUUUCCAGGAAAAAAAACGACGACCAAUCAAAUGUCUCCAGAAAGAUUCAUUUCCAAAUACAUUAAAAAGAAAGUCAUUUGACAAACAGACUGAAAAAAAUCAUUCGGAUUUUCACAUUUCUUCAAUAAGGAAACUUUUACCCAAAUUAAAUAAUUAUAUGAUUGGUGAGUUACACUAUGAUGUAAUAUCAUCGGACAAUGUAAAGAUAAAGAAAAUGCAGGAAUACGAAGAAAAUAAUAGUAAUAAUUUUCUUGCAAGAGAUGUUGAUUUAUGUGUAUCAAAUUUACAAAUAAGUAAUUCAAAAGAAUUGGUUGAAAAUGAUAAUAUUGUAGAGGAGCCUAGUACAUCACAAAUGUCAUGCAAAAAUACACUUUCUUCAUGUUACACAACUAGAAAUCAAGAAAUAUCUCCAUCAAAAACUAACAAUUAUAACAAUGAUGAGUGUGCCGAAAAAUUUGUUACAAAUAUUGUGGAAGGUGAUGAAAAUAAGGUUGGUAAUCGUGAGGGAUCAAUUAUUGAAGUUCUUUCACCAGUAAAAAUAAACAACGUUCCAUGUUUAUUUAACAUUGAAUCAGUAAAUAAUGAUGGUAAUAAUAUCAAAUGUGAAGAAAACAUAAAUUUAUAUAUGUCAAGAGAAAAAUAUUCUAAAAUUUCAGAUAUCAAUAGUAUAAAUUUUGAAAUUUCACAAUUUGAAAAAAUUAACGAAUAUGAAAAUAAUAGUCAAAAAUCAAAUGUUGAAAAUGAUAUGAGUUAUUAUGACAAUAAUGAAGAUCAUAUUAAUUUUGAUUGGAAAUCAAAUGGAAAAGUUAAAAAUGAUAUAAUAUUUAAAAGUAGUCAGUUUCACUGUACAAAUAAAGAUAUCGUUCCUGAAACUCAGUUUAGCCAAUAUACAAAUCAAUAUUUCCCUUCUCCAGCAAAAAAUAUGCGAUGUUUUUUUGAUCCUCCUACACAAAUAUUUAAUGAGAAUCAAAAUCAAUUAGCAACGAAUUUAAAAAAUCAUCAUAUAUUUGGUAGUCGAAAACGAGGUAGACCAAAUAAUCGACUAAAAGUAACACCUCAUGGAAAGUGGUCGUGGUUACAUGAUUCAUUUACAGAUUACUUGAAUAAGAAUUAUUGUGAAAUACAACGUCAAAUGCAUGAUAUGAUUGUAAACAUUAAUCUAUUGAAAUUUGAAAUUUCGUUGGUUGCCAGCUUUCCUAUAUGGGGUGUUGUGUUUUUUAAACAAUGUAAAUAUAAUAUAGAAGAAAACAUUGCUGUUAUAUGUUCAACUUUAAAUAUAUCAAAUAUAAAGAUGGAUCGCGAAUAUAUAUUUAAAAUUCAUCCUCAAUAUAAUUUUGUCGUUUAUUCACCCUAUGAAAAAGUUAUUAUUAAUCCAGUAAUGAAUGUUUUAUAA